GCCCAGGGCGAAUUCGACAUGCUCCCGCCCCCCGCCAGCACGCACCCCACCUUCACCGCCCUGCACGACUUCGCCCAGGACCACGCCGCGCACCACGGCUACGCCCUCUCCAUCAACACGACGGCGCGCAACCGCAGCCGCAUCAAGCUCGCCUGCGUGUGCUACGGCGUGGCCAAGAACACGCACAAGCUGACGCCCGAGACGCGGGUGCGCAAGAACCGGCAGAGCGCCAAGACGGGCUGCAAGAUGUGGAUCGAGGGCAAGCGGCAGGACGACGGCAGCUGGGCGCUGCGGGUGGGGGAACCCGCGCAUAAUCACGAGGGCAGGCCAGCGGAGGGCUGGGCGGUGCAGCGCAAGAGGACGUGGGGCGCGCAGGGGGGCGUGAUGGGGGUGGGCGGCGUUACGGCGAGGGAGGAGUUGGAGGUGGCGAGGCGGGGGGAGGUGAAGGCUCCAUCGCUAUCGUAUGCGCAAGAGGUGGCGGCAUUGCAGGCUCAGGGUGGGACUGGCGCUAUCACGGGUCGAGCUUCGACGACGCCGUCUCUAUCAAUCCAGGAUCCGCACUCUCACGCCCGCGGCAGCCUCGUCUGGAAGAUUGUCGAGCAGGAAAUGGAGCGCAAGGGCGUCAACGAAGGACGGGACCGUGGUGUCGGACGUACGGUGAAAGUGCUCCAGGAGCGGCUCCCG